AUGUCUUCGACGAUCUCUGCCGCAGUCAAUGCGUCCUUCCUGUGGGGAAACCUCCCUUCUCCUCCAGCCAGCUUUCCCCUCCGAGGUCCCCUCUGGACGAGGAGACGACGACCCCUUGGCCGGUCGAUUUCCUCCGACGUCACGUUCACCGCCACCGCCAUCUCCGCCGCCGCUUCCUCCCCGGCGGUUGAGGCGGAGGCGGCGGGCUGGGUGGGGGCCAGGGUGAGGGUGACGGCUCCGGUGAAGGUGUACCACAUCCAGAAGGUCCCUGAUCUGGACCUGAUGGGGAUGGAGGGGGUGAUCAAGCAGUACGCCGGGUUGUGGAAGGGGAAACGCAUCUCCGCCAAUCUUCCCUUCAAGGUGGAGUUCGUGUUCCCCGACGGGAUCCAGGGGCGCCGCCCCGGCCCCCUCAAGUUCUUCGCCCAUCUCAAGGACGACGAAUUCGAGUUCCUCGCUUAG